GGUCAGAGUCAGCUACGGGUACGCGCCACGAAAGUACAUCUAAUGAUUAAAAAUAUCGUGAUUCACUGUAUAAUUCCUGUUUCCGUCAUUAGUGAACAUGGCAACUCUGCUACUGCUUAAACGUUCUCCCAACUACUUGUACAUCUACUGCUUGCCAUCAUCUUUACUACAAGCAUCAAGAUGCAGGUAUUCAUGCAGGUCUUCGCGUUCUUGUUUCUCCAUCUGCCUGCUGUCUUAGGUCAAGCAACCUAUCCUUCCGAGUUCAAGCUCGAGUAUUGCACUCCAGAUGGGACCUGCCAUGCGAACACCUUUUCGUGUCCGCACUUUCAGAUGCGGUUGUGGUCGUACUACAAGAAGAAAACUCACAGACUGCCGUUGAAAGAAGCUUGGUUUUUGAUCGGCCUUCCUGGUGAAUAUCGAGAUGAGUUGGUCAGCAGUUGCCCUGGUGGGAUGCUCACGGCUGCCUUCUUGGUCGCCAAAGCAUCUCUCUACUCCAAUCCAGAACGAGCCGGGAUGUAUUUCCAGGUAGGGAUUGAUAUGCUAGCCAAUAAGCUUCCGGAGGUGCAUCGCGCAGUGGCAUUGGACACGUGGCCAGUCACAGAAGCCCAUGACGAAUACUUGGACACCCACGAUGAGCUAGAAGCGGCGAAGAAGGUGAGGGCGGAAGAAGUUUUAGCAAAUGCUGGUACUAGAGGAAGGAUAAGUUUAAGUGCAAGUGGGGACGGAGAAAUUGAGAAGAAGAGGUUGGAGGAAGGAGGUAAGACUUCAACACCUACAACAGGACCACCUGCCUCUGCACCUUCUGUAACAUCAGCAUCACCACCUGCAGCUGUCGACAGCACCACGAGGAGAACGACGUCUCCUACAGCACUAGCUCCUACACCCCUCGCGACAACGACAGUGCACCAAAGUUUAGAUCUUGCAAUAGUUCACUGUAGAGAGAGCCUGGCUUGGAUAGCAAAUGAACUCGUCUGGCCAGUGGACGUUCUGCGCACCCUGAGACUGUUCAUCUAUGAAAAAUGCGACGAAAACGGUGACUUAGCGGGAACGGCGAUAAAAUUGGAGGAAAAUUUCUACGGUAGAAGUACUGUUGGUAAGGCUCAACUUUCAAUGGUUAUUGGGGUUGGUCACUGAGAUCGAAGAGGUGACCUCUUGAGAGAACAGGGGAAAACGAAGGCAAAAGGGGACAGCUUUGAAGGGGGUCUCUUCCGUUCAGAGUCAGUGGCCACUGUUCCCUGCUGCGCUUUAAUGUUGGGAAUGCAGAAACAGCACAAGAGGCCAUCCAAGACACGAGCGAGAGCGAUCAAUCGACUGCUGCCCAGCAACAGCUUGACAGUAUUCUCCAUACCCGUUACAAUGUCACCCUCGGUUUCGGCGCUAAGAUUGGAGCACUGCAUGUCCUAGGACUCCAAGACGCUAAGGAUCAGGUAACGCUACGAUCCGCCAGACGUGAUGAGUGCUCUGCCUAUAGUGCACACGUGAGCAAAAUGCUGUUUAGAGAUGGGAAAGCGCGAACGAGUACCUACGAAAGACAGAAAUUCCUAUGGGAGAAUAAGGAGUUUUUAGCCGAUGACAUUUUGCGGUUUGCACAAAAAGAGAACCUGAAUGAGCAUAUGAUCGCACAUCAGAAGGAACUGGAGGAUGAGAAUGUGCUGGAACAAGUUCAUGCUACUGCUGUGUCUAGUGGUGCAACUUUGAAAAACGAAGGUACUGAACAACAAGUCAUCGGCGAUCCAGACUUGGGUGAUUUCACAAUAUUCCUUCACGGAGACCCGAUUUCGCACUGGCAACAGUUUCAGUACUCUUACCUGAACCUGAUGCUUUCCGCGAUGCAGCAAGGAAGACUAGAUGUGCGUUUUCUGCAUUUGUCGACCCCAAGACUAGUGGCAGUGCGAACACCGUGCCAAGACCAGGUGUUUCGAUACGUCAUGGGCAGAGGAAGGGAAGGGCUGUUGGAAACUUAUUGUUGUUAUGGGUCUAUGUGAGUCUUGGGUCUUCUCAAAUAGAGUGCUUGAGUACUCCAAUAGAAUUUAUUGUGAGAUCGACGGAUAUAUAAGCUCUAGAAUAGUUGUCUGCCUCUUCUAACACCUCGCCCAAUUCCUAGUAUCGAAAAAGCAGCUGAUGAGCAUACCAGAGUCAAGGCUGGAGAGACUUCAGCAGAUCGUGGACGGCUCAAUUCCUGACCUUUGUGAACGCGUCGGCCCAACCUACGAGAAAUAUCAGGGACAACGGUUGAGGUACUUGUACAACUACAACUGCAGCAUACCUAGUUUGAUAGUACCCCUGAUGUUUGAUAUAGCCAUUGAGUUUGAUAGUACAACUGGUAGUUAUGUUUGAAAUUACAACUGGUAGUUCAUCCUCAGGUGGCUAUCACUUCCUGAUGAUCAACCUUAUAACGUCUUCAAACUUAGUACUAUGCACAUCCUGAAUUAGAAUUCACGUUCACAACAUCAUUUUUUCCUCAGUUACUGCUACUCCCUCGAGUUCAUGUGGCAUGUGAUAUUGGGAGACCAGCCAGAAGGCGAGCCUCUUCGUAGUGACAAUGCUGAGGUGCCGUUUUUCUUGCGAUGGAAGGACAAUGAGGAGAGCUAUCCACUUUGGCGUGAUCCGUUCAGUUAUUACGUAAUGAAAAGCGAGUUCAUGAAAAAGCGGUGAGAUCGGCUUCAUGAUGUACAACUAGGGAGUAACUAUGUUGAUGUAGUCGUGUGGGCACGACGUUCAUGAUGUACAACUAGGGAGUAACUAUGUUGUUGUCGUGUGGGCAUAUUAUCUCCGUUUGGGAAUAUCUAACGACACCUACGGGGACUCAAGGAAAUUAUAGGAAAUCUAAUGACUCACAAGUUAGCAAGGCAUCUCUCGGAAAUCUUGGUUCUUUCGUAACGUUCAAACACAAUAAUGCAUGGACUUGCAUGGUGGAUACCUGGGUUUUAUUUUCGCAAUGACAGAAUCGCAAUGAAUGAAACGCAUACUUAGACAAUUUGCGCACACCAGACGAAAGAACGCAC